AGGUAAUUCAGGAGAAUGAGACAUCUACAAAGGAGAUAUUUGAAAAUAGUUCACUGGAUUCAACGCCAGUCUGAAACCUUUCUUGAUUUUUAUUUGCUACCAGGACUAUUUUAGUAAUUAAGAUGGCCACCUCUUGCAGCUCGCAGUUGAGUAAAUGCGUUAAGCAGCACUACAUGGAUCUCCCGCAAGGUGACAGGGUUCAAGCUAUGUACUUCUGGAUCGAUGGAACGGGAGAGAACGUUCGGUGCAAAACCCGAACCCUGGACACCGAGCCAAAAAGCGUUGACGAUUUGCCAGAAUGGAACUUUGAUGGCUCCAGUACCUACCAGUCUGAGGGCUCCAACAGUGACAUGUACCUGAUUCCUGCUGCCAUGUUCAGGGAUCCCUUCCGGAAAGACCCCAACAAACUGGUCCUGUGUGAAGUGCUGAAGUACAACAGGAAACCUGCAGAAACAAACCUUCGUCAUUCCUGUAAGAGAAUCAUGGAGAUGGUGGCGAACCAGCACCCAUGGUUUGGUAUGGAGCAGGAAUACACCAUUCUUGGAACUGAUGGGCACCCAUUUGGCUGGCCUUCCAAUGGUUUCCCUGGUCCUCAAGGUCCCUAUUACUGUGGUGUUGGUGCAGACAAGGCCUAUGGCAGAGAUAUCGUGGAAGCUCAUUACAGAGCCUGCCUCUACGCUGGAGUUGAAAUCUGUGGAACAAAUGCUGAAGUCAUGCCAGCUCAGUGGGAGUUCCAGGUUGGCCCCUCUGAAGGAAUCAACAUGGGAGACCACUUGUGGGCAGCCCGGUUUAUCCUGCACAGAGUUUGUGAAGAUUUCGGAGUCACCGUCUCGUUUGACCCCAAGCCGAUCCCUGGCAACUGGAAUGGAGCUGGCUGCCAUACCAACUUCAGCACCAAGGAGAUGAGGGAAGAGGGAGGCUUGAUGUACAUUGAGGAGUCCAUUGAGAAGCUUGCCAAGAGGCAUGACUAUCACAUCCGGGCCUACGAUCCUAAGGGGGGGUUGGAUAACGCCAGACGCUUGACCGGUCGCAAUGAAACCUCCAACAUCCACACUUUCUCUGCCGGCGUGGCCAAUCGUGGAGCUAGUAUCCGAAUCCCUCGAACCGUGGGCCUGGAUAAGAAGGGCUACUUUGAAGACCGGCGUCCUUCUGCCAACUGCGACCCCUACAGUGUAACACAAGCACUGGUUCGUACGUGCUUGCUUGGUGAAGAGGGGGACGAGCCUGUGGAAUACAAGAACUAAACUGAAAGACUGAACUUUACAUUUUAUUUAGCUGUGUUUUAUAAAUUUGUACGAGGGAG